AUGGAAGGAUCGUUCCAGUUGAAUCCAAACGCCAGCCCUUUCAUACCUGGAUCGCUGGGUUCAUUUGCACACAAAGCCCCAGAAAAACAAGGAGGUGAGACUAAAGAUUUUUCUAGUGGUUCUGUAGGUUUUGAACUCUCAGAUUUGCUUUAUUCAUAUGAAUACACUGAGAGCUCAGCAGGUCUUAUCAUUUCUGCAGGGUCAUCAUCAAAGGGAGAGGCUUCUGGUAGCAGUUUUGAUCCUUCGCAGCAUGAGGAAAAUGACAUUGAUGAACUUGCUCUAGCCAACAUGGUCUUUUCAAUGUUCCCAAAUGUCUCCACAGAUUUCAUUGAUGAGUUACUCAAGGCAAAUGAUUUUGACAUAAAUCUGACUGUUGAUAUGCUUCAUGAGCUGAACUUGCAAGAUAUGCUUCAUGAUGAUGCUGAGGCUACCAAUGACCUUCAUAAUGGCCAGGGUGUACCUGGUGCUGAUUACCACAAUGCUGAGGUGUCUGAGAGUAGCAGCAAGAUGAGUCAAGAUCUGCAGAAUGAGAAGCCAGCAACUUCUGAUGUGAAAUCUUUGCUGCCAAAGUUCUCAGUGAUCAAUUUGCUUCAAAACGACCUGGGCCUGCCUGGUGAUGAGAAGUCAGCGGGGACUUCUGUUGCAAAGUGA